AUGGCGGGGCUGCCGAGGAGAGCCCGCACAGGGCCCGGGAGCUGGGCGGCAGGGGACCAAUCAGAGCAUCUGGAGAAGAGGGAGGUGCGGGGUGUUCAGGGGCUGCCCUCCGUGUAUGAGGGUGCCAGGGUCAGUCGGCGCUGCGAGAUGGGUCCUAUGGCUCCCAUUUUAGAGGUGGGGACAGUGAGGCUCUGCGAGGCCCGGGUACACGCGUCACAGCGGCGAAGGGCCCUCGGGGGCUGCGGGGCGCGUGCUCCGCUCCCCGCCCCUCGCGGCCGGCAGGGGGCAGUGGCGCCCGGGACGCCCGCUCUGCCGCAGGGGCGGGCCGCGCAUGCGUGGGGCGGCGGACCGGCCGGAGCGGAAAGCCGAGCUCUGCCGCCGCGCAUGCGUACCAGGCGGGCGGCGGACCUGAAGGGAGGGGGCGCCGUCCGGUGGAUCCCCAAGCUCCCCCUGUGCUCCGCCGACCGCCCUGCCGCCUCCCGGCCCUCGUCCCGCGGCCUCCGUACCUUACACGCGGCGCCGCACUCCGCCGUGGCUCAGGACGGCGGGAGGAGCCGGAGCGAGUCGCUCGAGGCCGACGCUGAGCGCAGAGUUAUCGAUGGGCCUUCGGGGCGAGACCAGAGGGCUGGGCGGAGGCGGCUGCAAGGAGGGCCCUUGGCGGCGCGGGGAGGCCGGAGCAGGGGUCCCAGCCAUUCUCCAGGCUUGGGCCCCGGGGCGGGUCCCGCCGGCCUCCUGCGCCCCGCACGCCGUGGGACGGGGUUGCGUGAGGAAACCAGGCUCUGGGACCACCCUCGGGCCCAGGGACAGACAGGGUGGGUUGGCUCCAGGCCCCUCUGCCGCUCCUGCUCUCAGAUGGCCAGGUGCCAGGCCCCAGCCUGGGCCUGUCCAGGACACGAGUGUCUCUGCUUGGCCGCAGGCUCCCGAGCAGGCCCUGAGCCAAGCCCACCCCAGGGCAGCAGCUCGUUGGGGCCCUCUGCGCCCCCGGAGGAGAUCUGGGUGCUGAGGAAGCCUUUUGCAGGUGGGGACCGCAGCAGCAGCCUGAGCGGCAUGGCCGGAGGCCGGGCUCCACACGCCACCUCCGAGGGGGUCAAGCUCCUGGCGACAGUGCUGUCACAGAAGUCCGUGUCUGAGACCAGCCCCGGGGACGGCUCCGUCAAACCUCCGGAAGUUUCCGCGGGUGUGGCGCGGCCCCAGCCUCCAGCGGCCCAGACAGGGCAGGUCUACGGGGAGCAGCCACCCAAGAAGCUGGAGCCAGCGUCGGAGGGAAAGAGCGCGGAGGCCGUCAGCCAGUGGCUCACCACGUUCCAGCUGCAGCUCUACGCCCCCAACUUCGUCAGCGCCGGCUACGACCUGCCCACUAUCAGCCGCAUGACCCCCGAGGAUCUCACGGCCAUCGGUGUCACCAAGCCGGGCCACCGCAAGAAGAUCACUGCCGAGAUCAGUGGCCUGAGCAUCCCGGACUGGCUGCCGGAGCACAAACCUGCUAACCUGGCCGUGUGGCUGUCCAUGAUUGGCCUGGCCCAGUACUACAAGGUGCUGGUGGACAACGGCUAUGAGAGCGUCGACUUCAUCACCGACAUUACCUGGGAGGACCUGCAGGAAAUCGGCAUCACCAAGCUGGGACACCAGAAGAAGCUGAUGCUGGCAGUGAGGAAGCUGGCGGAGCUGCAGAAGGCCGAGUAUGCCAAGUACGAAGGGGGCCCCCUGCACCGGAAAGCCCCCCAGUCACUCGAAGUCAUGGCCAUCGAGUCGCCACCCCCGCCUGAGCCCGUCCCCGCUGACUGCCAGUCUCCAAAGAUGAGCACCUUCCAGGACAGCGAGCUCAGCGGGGAGCUGCAGGCCGCCAUGACCGGCCCGGCCGAGGGGGCCGCCACCGCUGCCACCGAGAAGCCCUCCAACCACCUGCCGCCCACCCCGAGGGGCGCCCCGCGCCAGGAGGCCAGCCUGAGCAGGCGAGCACGCCACCUGAGCAGUUCCCAGGAGCUGCUGGGCGACGGGCCCCCCGGGCCGGGCAGCCCCAUGUCCCGCAGCCAGGAGCACCUGCUGGGCGAGGGCCAGGGCCCCGGCACCCCACCCAAGGAGGCCCGGGCUGGCCGCCACGGCCACAGCGUCAAGCGGGCCAGUGUGCCACCCGUGCCUGGCAAGCCGCGGCCAGUCCUCCCACCGGGCACCAGCCACUUCACGCCACCCCAGACGCCCACCAAAACCCACCCAGGCUCACCCCAGGCCCUAGGGGGCCCCCACGGCCCCACCCCGGCCACGGCCAAGGUGAAGCCCACCCCUCAGCUGCUGACUCCAGCAGAACGACCCAUGUCCCCACGCUCCCUGCCCCAGUCGCCCACCCACCGUGGCUUUGCCUACGUGCUGCCCCAGCCCGUGGAGGGCGAGGCUGGGCCCCCAACCCCGGCACCUGUGCCCACGCUGUGCCUGCCCCCAGAGGCCGACGGUGAGCUGGAGCGGCCCAAGAAGCGGGCACACAGCCUGAACCGCUACGUGGCCUCCGACAGCGAGCCGGAGCGCGACGAGCUGCUGGUGCCGGCAGCCGCGGGGCCCUACGCCACUGUCCAGCGGCGCGUGGGCCGCAGCCACUCGGUGCGGGCCCCCGCGGGUGCCGACAAGAACGUCAACCGCAGCCAGUCCUUCGCCGUUCGGCCCCGCAAGAAGGGCCCGCCGCCGCCCCCGCCCAAGCGCUCCAGCUCCGCCAUGGCCGGCGCCAACCUUGCCGACGAGCCGGCGCCGGAUGCCGAGCCCGAUGGGCUGCAGGGCGGGCUGGGGGUGCAGGCGCAGCGCCGGCGGGCCAGCGACCUGGCCGGCAGCGUGGACACGGGCAGCGCCGGCAGCGUGAAGAGCAUCGCGGCCAUGCUGGAGCUCUCCUCCAUUGGAGGUGGGGGCCGGGCCGCCCGGCGGCCCCCCGAGGGCCACCCCACGCCGCGCCCAGCCAGUCCGGAGCCAGGCCAUGUGGCCCCAGCGUUGGCCUCUGUGAAGCACAAGGAGACCAUUGGGCCCGACGGGGAGGUGGUGAACCGGCGCCGCACGCUCAGCGGGCCGGUCACGGGACUCCUGGCCACUGCCCGCCGCGGGCCCGGGGAGCUGGCUGCGCCUGCCGAUCCGGGCGCCUUGGCGGAGGACGGCACAGCCCGGCAGCGGCCUCGAGGCCCGGCACGGGGCGAGGGGGGCGGCGAGGGUCCACCCCUGGCCCGGGUGGAGGCGAGCGCCACGCUCAAGAGGCGCAUCCGGGCCAAGCAGAGCCAGCAGGAGAGCGUCAAGUUUGUCCUCACGGAGUCCGACACGGUCAAGCGGCGUCCCAAGGCCAAGGAGCGGGAGGCCGGGCCCGAGCCGCCCCCAGUGCUGGCCGUGUACCAGAAUGGCAUGGGCACCGUGCGCCGCCGGCCAGCCUCCGAGCAGCCUGCGCCCCCCGAGCUGCCCCCGCCACCCCCACCCGCCGAGCCCCCGCCUGCUGAGCUGGCGCCCUUGCCCCCGCUGCCUCUGCCCGAUGGUGACGCCCGCAAACCUGCCAAGCCGCCCGUCUCGCCCAAGCCUGUCCUGGCCCAGCCCGUGCCCAAGGUCCAGGGCUCACCCACGCCAGCCUCCAAGAGGGUGCCACUGCCAGGCCCUGGCAGCCCAGAGGUGAAGCGCGCCCACGGGACGCCGCCGCCCGUGUCGCCCAAGCCGCCGCCGCCGCCCACGGCGCCCAAGCCGGCCAAGGCCGCGGCGGGGCUGCCCCAGGGCAGCGCCAGCCCGUCGCCCGCGCCGUCCCCCGCGCGCCAGCCGCCCGCCGCGCUCGCCAAGCCGGCCGGCACGCCGCCCCCGCUGAGCGCCGGCCCCGCCGCGCCGCCCUCGCCCGGCGCGCCCGCGCUGCACGUGCCCGCCAAGCCGCCGCGCGCCGCCGCCGCCGCCGCGGGGACCUCCGCCGGGGCCGCCGCCGCGGGGACCCCCGCCGGGACCCCCGCCGCACCCGACGGCGCCUCGCCCGGGGACAGCGCCCGGCAGAAGCUGGAGGAGACGAGCGCCUGCCUGGCGGCCGCGCUACAAGCCGUAGAGGAGAAGAUCCGCCAGGAGGACGCGCAGGGCGCACGGCCCGCGGCCGCGGAGAAGAGCACCGGCAGCAUCCUGGACGACAUCGGCAGCAUGUUCGAUGACCUGGCCGACCAGCUGGACGCCAUGCUGGAGUGACGCGUCCGCCGUCCACGUCGGGCCGGGCGGAGCCGCCCGGCCUCGGGCCCGCACACUGACCUUUACCUCAGGAUGGGCGCCGUGGGGCGGGAGCGGGCAGGGCCGGGGGCGUCCGGCCUGCGGGGCGAGGCAGGGACGGGUCUGGCUGUCCGCCCCCUGCUCAAGCACAACUCCUGCUCUCCUGGGCCGGGGCCCCAUGCCGGGCGCCAAGCCUGGAGGACUGCCUGGCAGGGGCACCCCGGGCCCACCGGCUGCUGCCUCUGCUGUGCGUCCCUGUAGGCUGCUCCCUGUGCAAUAACUGCUGGCCGUUGGGUGUGGGGUGGGCAGCCCUUGGCCUCCCCUGGCCAGAGCCCAGGCUGGACCUGCCUUGGGAGGCAGCGGGAGGGGGGCACACCGGAGACCCCCCCCCCCCAAUCCGUGGCAGAGCACAGGCCUAUGCCCAGCACAGAACUGCCACUUGGGGAGCCUCUGCUAGCUGCCCCUGCUCAGCACAAGGGCAGGGGAAACCACGGCUGGGUCUUGGGUCGGGGCACUGCCCCACUGCUCCAUAUAAGAAUAUAAGCUAUUAAGAGUAUUAAUUUAUUGGGAAUGAGCUGAGGCAGAUUUCCCCAGAGAAACAAAAAGGUAUAACUUUAACAAAUAUAUAUUUAAAGAAAGAAAAAAUAUUAUUGAUUCUAUAGAAAACCAUUUACCGACUGAAAGGAUACUGGAGUUUAGCCGGAGACAAAAGCUGUUAGAGGCCCAGGCUCCCUGUCUGUCCAUCCUUCCCUUCCCCCGCGCAGGGGUGGCCAGACCCUGGCCCAGUAGCACAAACAGGAGGCUCCGGCCUGGGGAGGGGGUCAGUCUGCCACCCAGGGCCCCUCCACCACCGCCCCCUCCCCUCACUUCUCUGCUGCACCCGAAGAACUCGAAGGAUGUGCCUUGCUCACAGACGGGACGGGCAGUGUCCUCCACGCCGCGGAGACCUUGUGGCCAAGUCCCAGGGGUGCUGGCGUGAGGGGGCCUGGGCUCCAGGUGCCGAGCCGGCGUGCAGUGGCGGACGUGGGCCUGUGUGAGCCGAGUGACCACGGCGUGGGUGCCGGUCUCUGUGUGGCGUGUGUGUGACGUCCUCGGGGGCCCCGCUGGCCCAGCCCCACUAGAGUGCCGAGGUCCCAUCGUGUGGUGUUGUCCCCCCGCCUCUCUCUUCCCCUCCAACAAGUACUGACUGGUCUCUUGUGUUUGCUGAUCCAGAUGUGUUGGGCACAACUUUGACAUUUCUUAUAUAUAAAAAAAAAAAUCCAAAAACCAGAGUUUGUGAUGCGGGGGGUAGAGGAGCCCCUCCAGCUGCCAUGCAGGGCCCCCCCGCGAGCGGGCACGCCUGGCCUCUCGGUGGGGGCCCAGGCUGGGUCUCUAGCAGGUGGGGAGGGGGGGUCCGGGCAGGGAGCUGUCAAUAAACAGCAGAAAAUGGA